AUCUAUCUGCUUCUUCUCCUUUCUUCAAACUGCCCAAUAUUUGUUUGUUCUUCACACUUGUUUACUUUUAUCUUCAUCUUCAUCUUCUUCUAGGGAAGUGUUUUUCUUUUCUCUCUGUUUUAUGCUCUUGGCAAUUCGAAUUUUUGUUGUUUCUAAGUUUCUCUCUUGAUUCAACAACUUUGAUGUUGUGUUUGGUGAGGAUAAGGAUUAAAGUUUAGAUCUUUAAAGGGGAAAAUAGAUUCUGGGGGUUGUAAAAGUGAUUUCAGUUAUGUAUUGGGGUGUUAGAUCGUGUGAUUUCUUGGAAUUUUAGAGCUUAAUAUGGACUGUAUUCGAAGGUGACUAUUGAUAUUUCUGGGUUUCGGAACUGAAGAAAAAUUGAUUGGAUAAAACUGGGCUUUCUAUUAUUUAGGGGAAACUGUGAAGAAGGUGACUGUUUUUAGUAUUUUGGCUCAAGGAAUAGUGAUUGAUUCAGAAGAAAUGGCUUUAUUGGAUCGAAGUGAGUCGGACACGAUACUUCCUAGUAGGAAUAGGAUGUCAGUUGAUGUGGGAGCUCCUUCUCCAAGGAGCAUCCAGCUGGAAGAGCAAGUUGGUGCUGCAGAUGAAUAUGCUCCUAAGAUAAGAAAACCAUACACCAUUUCAAAGCAAAGAGAGAGGUGGUCAGAGGAAGAGCAUAAAAAGUUCCUUGAAGCCUUAAAGCUUCAUGGUAGGGCAUGGCGACGUAUAGAAGAGCAUGUGGGAACCAAAACUGCAGUUCAGAUCAGAAGCCAUGCCCAGAAGUUCUUUUCAAAGGUUGUUCGUGAAUCGAGUAAUGGUGAUGCAAGCUGUGUGAAAUCCAUUGAGAUCCCUCCACCUCGGCCUAAAAGAAAGCCAGUGCACCCUUAUCCACGUAAAAUGGCAACUCCACUUAAAAGUGGAGCCGUGGAUUCAGAGAAAUUGAAGAGGUCUGCUUCACCUGAUCUCUGUCUCUCCGAGCCAGAGAAUCAGUCACCUACCUCUGUGUUGUCUGCCCUUGGUUCAGAUGCAUUUGGCACGGUAGACUCCGCUAAGCCAAGUGAGCAGUCAUCAGCAGUCGCUGAAAAUUCUGGUGAUCUUGUACUUUCUGAACCAUCCGAUUUCAUUCUAGAGGGGAGAAGAUCGUCACCUGCCCGAGCUUAUGCUAGUUCAAAUCCGGCCAAGCAGGCUUGUGUGAAACUAGAGUUGUUUCUUGAAGACAAUGAUUUUGAGAAAGAAGGCUCGGAUGAGGCAUCAUCCACACAGUGUCUGAAGUUGUUUGGUAAAACCGUAUUAGUCACUAACACUCAUAUGCCCUCUUCAACUUCUGGCCAAAUAUCACUGACAGAUGAGAAUGAUGAGCCAGCAUCAUGGACAUUGCCUCGAAGCUCCUUUCCUUCAAAAUAUUUGCCCUGGGAUUCAGAAUGUCCCCGAAGUACCUUUACUAUUGGACCACCUAAUCCAUCAUAUUACUUUCCCACACCAAAUGGAAGUUCAGGGCCUAACCAAAGUGUCUCUUCCCCCCUUUUGCCUUGGGGAUCAUCAUAUGCAUCUGCUGCAGUUCCUUGCACUCAGGUGCAUAACCCAAUUCCAAUGAAGGGACGUCCACUCUUUAAUGACAAAGAUUUGGAAGGUAAGGAAACUCAAAAGGAAGGGUCUUCCACAGGCUCCAACGCAGAAUCAGUAGAUGCAGAGUUGAGUGGAGACAAGGAUUUGGAAAUUGAAGCUCAGAGUAGUCGAAAUCUGGUAGAAGAGUCUGUUAGAGCCAGUGUACCCUCUUUGUUCGAGCGAAGAGCAAAAUCCACGAAGCAUGUGAAGGGUUUUGUUCCAUAUAAGAGAUGUUUAGCUGAAAGAGGCAUCAGUUCCUCAACAUUAACAGGAGAAGAAAGAGAGGAGCAACGAACCCGGUUAUGUUUGUAGUUACUUUCUCGUGCUUGCGUGCUUUGUUUGUAAAGGUUUAGCACAUCCCUUUUUGGUUCUAAUUAUAAUGUCAGUUUGCCGGAUAACUGGAUGAAGAGAAGCAACACCAUGGCAGCAAAGGCGGCUCAUCCCUCUAGCUUUUGCUGAAUGGCAAAAAGCAGUCUUCCUAAUUUUUCCGAAUCAAUUGUUUAAAUGUAUGUUGAUAAAUGAAGUCUUGCAAUUUUAUUUCAUCACUUGCACUUUUGGCAGAUGAGCUAACAAUCUUUGUAACUCUACUAUUUCCAAGUUAUGAAUGCUCGACGCAAAGAUUUUGCCUUGCUCACUUUAAUCA